AUGGAAGGAGGAGGCCGCAUCGUCAUUGUCGGCACGUUCGACACCAAGGGUGAAGAGCACGCCCACCUGCGCCGCUGCAUCCAGCAGGUGGCUCCGCAGCAUGAGCUGAUCACCGUCAACGUGGGCACCGUCGGCUCCACCCAGCUCUUCCCGGUCAACUACGAAGCGACCAAGGUGAUGCAAGCGAUCGGAAAGGAACUCAGCGCGACGGACCGAGGCGAAGCGAUGAAGCUCAUGCACGAGGCUGCGCCCGUCUUCCUUCGCACGCUCCACCGCACGCUCCCCUUCCACGGCAUCGUCGGUCUGGGCGGCUCAGCGGGCACCAGCAUCAUCACGGCCGCCAUGCGGGCUCUCCCAUUCCACGUGGCCAAAGUGUGCAUGUCGACCAUUGGCGGGGGAGACGUUACCGGCUUCGCGGCGGGCUCCAACAUCGUCUUCGUUCCCUCCAUCGUCGACGUCGCUGGGCUCAACCGCAUCUCCAAUGCUCAGAUCCAUUCCACCGCGUGCGUGGUCAGCGGUAUGGUGAGCGGGAUGGUGGCCAAAGGGGCGGAAGUGGAGACGAAGGAGUCGCAGCGCACCGCCGCGCGCAAGCCCGUCGUCGUGGCGUCCAUGUUCGGCAACACCACCACGUGUGUCGACAAUGCGCGCAAGCUGCUCACCGACGAGCACGGCUACGAGGUGCUCGUCUUCCAUUCCGUCGGAACCGGCGGUCGGUCGAUGGAGUCUGUGCUCGAUGCCGACGACAGCUUGGUCGAUGGCGUGCUGGACCUCACCACCACGGAGUGGGCCGACGAGUUGUGCGGUGGCGUGUUCAGCUCGGGUCCCGAGCGGCUCGAUCGCCCGGGCCAACUGGGCAUUCCGCAUCUGAUCGCCCCCGGCUGCCUGGACAUGGUCAACUUUGGCGCCCGCGCGACCGUGCCCGACAAGUACCGAGAUCGGCAGCUGUACGAGUGGAACCCUUCGGUCACGCUGAUGCGCACCAGUGCGGAGGAGAACGCCCGGCUGGGCAAGAUUCUUGCCGACAAGGCCAACGCGGCCACCGGACCCGUCGCCUUCCUGCUUCCCCUGCGCGGUGUGUCGAUCUUGGAUGCGGACGGCGGCAAGUUUUGCGAUCGCGAGGCCGACCAGGCCCUAUUCGACGCCAUCAAGGCAAACGUGCGUGCCGACAUUCCCGUGUAUGAGAUCGACGCCAAUAUCAACGAUGCCGCCUUCUCGCAGAAGGCGGUGGCCGUCCUGCUGGAACUCAUCGCCAAGAAGAGGGAAAAGGAGCCCAAGGCGGAGGGAGACCGGAGGCAGCCCAAGGACGAGGGAGUGCAGCAGAAGGCAGCGCCAGGCGAGCGUCGGGUGCACGCGCCCAUUACGCUGCAGCUCCCCGUGCCGCCCACCACCAUCCGCGAGAAAAUCCUCACGCGGCUGCUCCAAAACGUGAACGAAGGAAAGCCGAUCGUCGGCGGUGGGGCUGGCUGCGGCAUCUCGGCCAAGUUCGAGGAGGCCGGUGGAGUGGACAUGAUCGUGAUCUACAACUCGGGCCGAUUCCGUAUGGCCGGUCGUGGCUCUCUGGCCGGCCUGCUGCCGUACAAGGACGCCAACGCUAUCGUCAUGGAAAUGGCCGGAGAGGUAUUGCCGAUUGUCAAGAAUGUGCCCGUGCUGGCGGGUGUGUGCGCCACGGACCCCUUCCGCAACAUGGAUCAAUUCCUCAAGCAGAUCAAGAAGACGGGCUUCGCCGGCGUGCAGAACUUCCCCACCGUGGGCCUCAUCGACGGCAACUUCAGGUCUCCCUCCCCACACAAGCAUUGA